CACUGCGCCACCAGGGAAGUCCCAAGCAUCAGUUCUUUAAUGAUUGAAAUGCUUUCUAACAAUAUUUCGAGAUCGGGACUGAUAAAAUAGUGAUUUUCUUUCACAGAGGCAGCAGCAGUUUGGGGUAAAGCUGAAUACCCGAGGGCCCCCUUUACAACCUUGUUUUCUGCACUGAUGUUGUGUGAGUGCUGUUAGACCAGAACGAAUCUUUAGCUUACAAUCUGAAGCAAAAAGUGCUCACCUAAAAUGCAGUUUCUCUUAGAGGAUUAAGCGAUACCGUGCACAGAGUAAUUGUUGGCAACACCUUCCUCACUCUAGACUUAAGCAUUUAAACGUGUAGGACGAUGAAUGGGGUUUACUUUCCAGGCUGGAGGCGAGCAUUUAUUUAUCUUGGAGCCUUUACGACAACGUGUGGAAAUAGGUGACCAAUUUUGCCGCCGCCGGAGACCUGAGUUAGUGGCUGGCUCAGCCAAGGUCGCACCUGGGCCGGCCCCAGCUAUCACCUCGGUGAUCUCACCGCAGCUUCCGCCGAGCACGCUGCAGGCUGGGCAGGACCCCGGAACACAGCCUUCGUAACCGAGAAAAGGAGGAAGGUUUCUUCCCGCCGCGGUGUCUGCGGACUGGCCCUCGGGAGGGGCGGGGCUUCCGGCCGGCGCGGAGCCGCUUCCGGCCGGCACGGCCGGCCUCAGCCGCCGCGGCCCCACGCGGGCGGGAAAGGACCGGACGGCGCUGGCGGACGCUGCCGUGGGUGGGGCGGGGUCCAGGCACAGCGGCCCUGGAGUAUUCCUUUUCCCUUCCGGACCUCCCUCUUUUGCAAAACCACCCGGAUCGGCCUCUCUUCCCGCUGGCCUGGCUCAUUCAUUUCACUCCUCCCCCGGAGUUGGCCGCCCUUGGAGGAGUGGGCGGGCCCGACUAGCAGGCGGAACCCGCGUGGAGCCUGGCGCGGUGGUGCCGAGACCGCGGAACCCAGGACGGCACAAAGGACUUGAUGCCCGAACCAGGUUUUCGGGAAUAAUCGGGAGUUUGUAUUGUGGAAGGUGCGGGGACACUGCAUUAUCACCGAGUCUUCCCAACAACUCGUUGUGAUGGAGAGUGGUAUUCUCCCCAUUUUAUAGUUGCGGAAAAUGAAGCCUCAGUAACUUUGCCCAGCCUACUCACACAGUAAAUGAUAGCGUCAGAAAUUGACUUACCAUGCCUCUGCAAUGCCUCUCUUCUAUACCUGUAAGCCAAGGGUUUGACAAAUGCCCUUUGAACAUCUUUCGUCUCAGCUCUGUAUUCAUCUGCCCUCUGAGGGGAUACAGCGAGGUAGAAGCCUCAGCCCCUGCCUUCUAGGUUUGUACACCUGAACCAGUCUACUGAAAAUGCAAAGCGCUCCAGUGAGUGGUGCAGGCUGUUCAGAGGCGGGAGAGAUGGCAGUCAGCCGGAGUGCAUCAGGAAGGAUGCUGAUUUGAGCUGGGUGUGAUUUGGAAGAACCUGUUCCAGGUCCGGGACAGCCAAAGCAAAGACUCGCAGGAUGGAGAUGAGGCCUUUCCUUCCCGUGUAGUUCCUUGAAGGGCCUCAAAUAGCAGCCAGUGCAGCCAAUUUCUGAGAGAUGCUGGUUUCAAUGAGGAGUCUGGAAGGUGCUCCUCCUGGAUCCCGUUGAAUAUCUUGUGGUUUCAAGUCUCUUCUAAGGACUGUGGAUUCUGCCCUACCCCUCAGCUCUUCAUCUGAUGGCUGGCAUCUCGGGGAUCUUGUUUUCCUAAGAUUAUUGGAAUUCCUGUGAUCAUCACAUGAACUCUUCCCCUGGCCUCAUCACCAUCCUGUGUUCCAGAGUUGUUCUAACUAAGGAACUUCGGUUUAGACACCUGAGUAUCAAGUUCUCUUCUGGAGGAAUUCUCCAAUCUUGGUGGAGUGUGGACUCCAUUUGGGGUAUCUCUUUGGCAUGAUAAUCUCCUGACAUAUCUCUAUGUCCCUAGAUGUAAUCUUUUCAUUUCUUGAAACAGGCCCUGCUGCCUCGUCGGAACCAUCAAGCCUGUACCUGAAAGUGUCUCCCGGCCUUGGAGUGCUCAAGUUCUCUUGGACUCUCUGCUUCGUUCUGGAAAUAUGUGGGCUUCAGCUCAGGCAGUGUCAAAACAGGUCAGGCCUACAGACCUCCCAGGAGGACAAAACCCCUCUUCCUCACCCACGUAGCUGGACUCAUCUUGCUGGAUAUGAGACCUUUCCUCUCCCUCCGUUAUCUUUUCUUUGUGUAGUACUCACAUGACUGACAUUCAGUCAUGCACGUGGGCACGCCUUUGUUCCCAAUACCUCUACUGUCUCUUUCCUAGUCCUGCUGCAGCUACUCCUUAGCCCAGGACCCGAGACAGAACCGUCCCUGUGGCAGCAGCUGGCGUCAUUUCAGGAGGCAGUGACAUUUGAGGAUGUGGCCAGAGAUUGGAAGUGUCAAGAGGCCUCUCAGAAGGAUUGCAGCAGGGACACAAUGCUGGACAGUUGCAAGAAGCCAGUCCCUCAGCGAUCCUUCUUCCAGUUAGUUCUCCAUGAUGCCACAGAGAGCUGGAAAUGAUCCCCCUGGGGUUUCAAAUCCAAGUGAAAUGGAAAAGGAGAUAAGUAACAUGAGAGAAAAGUUUCUCAUCAGCGUGACAAAGUUAGUGGAAAGCAAAAGUUACAACAGCAAGGUAUUUUCCAAAGAAAAGUACUUUCAAACAAUAAAGGAAGUGAAAGAAGCUAAGGAGAAGGGGAGGAAGUCAUCACGUGAUUAUCGCCGUGCAGCAAAAUAUGACGUGAUCUCUGUACAAGGCACAGAGAAACUAAUAGAGGCGACUCACGGAGAACGAGAUCGAAUACGGUAUUAUGUACACAAGGAAGAGCUGUUUGACAUUCUUCACGACACGCAUCUCAGUAUUGGCCAUGGCGGGCGGACGCGCAUGCUCAAGGAGCUUCAAGGAAAAUAUGGGAACGUCACCAAAGAAGUCAUUGUCUUAUACCUGACUCUGUGUAAACAGUGCCACCAGAAGAACCCAGUAUCCAAGAGAGGCCUCGCACCCAAGCCCAUGCCAUUUAAGGACAUUGACUCCAGAUGCCAAGUUGAAAUCCUUGACAUGCAGUCAAAUGCUGAUGGUGAGUUCAAGUUUAUUUUAUAUUACCAGGACCACUUGACCAAGUUUAUUAUUUUACGGCCAUUAAAAGCCAAACAGGCCCAUGAGGUGGUCGCUGUCCUGUUGGAUAUUUUCACAAUCCUUGGUACACCCACGAUGUUAGAAUCUGACAGUGGCUUGGCGUUCACAAACCAGGUUGUCAAUGAGCUCAAUGAGGUAUGGCCAGACCUAAAGAUUGUCCCUGGUAAGUACCACCCUGGCCAAGGCCAGGGCCCCCUGGAGCGAGCAAGCCGUGAUGUCAAGAACACGCUAAGUGCCUGGAUGCAGAGUAACCAUUCACAUCACUGGGCCGAGGGCCUGCGAUUCAUGCAGAUGGUAAGGAAUCGGGCCUUUGAUGUCUCCUUGCAGCAAAGUCCAUAUGAGGCGAUGUUUGGUUGUAAAGCCAAAUUUGGACUCUAUUCCUCACACUUACCCCGGGAAACCGUGGCUGUUUUACAAACAGAAGAAGAACUAGAAAUUGCUGAAGAACAGCUAGAAAGCAGCCUUUGGAUCAGGCAGGAAGAAAGAGCUGAGGCCGGAGCAGACCGAUCUGACAUGGACGAGGACGUCAAUUCCACACCUCCCAAAGCUGCGGAGCCCAGCACCUCCCAAGGGGCCCCAGGUCUCUUCUGCUGGUGAAGAGACACCUGCCUCUGGGCACCAUGUAGCCACCUGAGAACUGUUGCCAAGGCCCCAGAUGAAAAGAAUGAAGGCCACACUCUCAGGAAAGCUGUCCAUGGUAGUCCUGGCUCAUAGGGGGAAAGCAACAUGGGUCUCUGAUCUCAGGCUGCCAUAAAAAAUUACCACAAACGUGGAGGCAUAAAACAACAGCACCCAUAGUUCUGGAGGCUAGAGGUCUGAAGUCAAGGUGUUGGCAGGGUUUGUCCCUUCUGGAGGCUCUGAGGGAGAAUCCAUUCCAUGCCUUUCUCCUUUGGUGGCUGCCGGCAGUCCUUGCAUCCCUUGGACUUAGAGUAGCACAAAUCCAGUCUCUGCCUCGUCUGCACGUGGGUCUUCUCCCCUCUGUCUGUGUGCUCCUUUUCUGUCUCUUACAAGGACACUGUUGGACACCAAAUCUAUGUCAUUGGACUUAAGGCCCAUCCUAAUUGAGGAUGAUCUCAUCUCAAGAUCCUUUUUAUUUACUUUUGGCUGCAUUGGGUCUUCGUUGCUGCGAGUGGGCUUUCUCUAGUUGCAGCGA